ACUUCCAAUUCAUGCAAAGCCAUCAGCAUCCACAAGCAAACUUCUCCCGAGAAAAAAUAUAUUCUCCUUUCCUCUAAACCCAGUUCUUUUUCCGUUGAUUCUUUGAUAAUGGCGAAAAAUGUAGCUCAGUCUCCCCUUGAGAGGACCAGCUAUUCCGUGGCCAAGCAAUGUGCCCAUGAGGGAGUAAUGGCAGGAGCCAAAGCAGCUGUUAUUGCAAGCAUUGCAACAGCCAUCCCAACUAUGGCCAGUGUGAGGAUGCUGCCCUGGGCAAGAGCCAAUCUGAAUCACACAGCUCAAGCUCUCAUAAUCUCCACAGUGGCAGGAGCAGCAUAUUUCAUAGUGGCUGACAAGACUGUUUUGGCCACGGCAAGGAGGAACUCCUUCAAGCGUGCCUCUAACGUUGAAGCAUGAUUCCAUAGCUAACAAUCUAUGUAAAACACCCCUUGUGGUAUCAUCUCAGCGCUCAGCGAAGGAGGGGGAGGGGGAGGGGAGGGGAGAGAGAGAGAGAGAGAGAGAGAGCGCGCUAUGUAAUCCCAUCGAUUGGAUUUUAUAUAAAUAAAGAUGGUCUCUUCUUCCUUUUCUAGUUC